AUGAGGACAACAAGAAACACUGCUAUCUCUGGCGCACUAUCGAUCUCCGGCCAGUCCACUCGGAUCAGACUAUACUACGGGUCUUCAUGGGGUGAGGAAGGCUCUGACGACUUCCCGGAGAACGCCUUGCGAGUUGGAGGCGUCUCUCUAUGGGGAUUGGAUGGCGAUAUUGUGGACAGACUCCCAAAUGACACCAAGGACUAUGAAGCCGGAGUCAGUUCAGGCAGCGGUAUACGAAGAACUUUAGACAGACAUGGCGUGGAUGUCAUAGAUGUUCAAUUUGGCGAUCGACAGUCGUCGUUGGAACUAGAUUCCGAUCAUAAACUCAACCUGCUCGUCCGUGCUCGAUGUGAUGACCCCACUGAUCAGGGGUGGAUCAGUCUCGCAAGAGACCUACACAUGAAUAUGCUUCAGGAGGAGCUUAGAGAGGUCAAUAUCAAAAUCAUCGGUUCUCACUCUGGCCAGGAAGCAUCCGAAUUUCCAUGUACACCUGACGACGACAUCUUUCCUAUCUGGAAAGAAGUUGCUGAAACGAUCAUGAAACAGAUAGACCUUGCGGACGUAUACUCACUCGCUUGUUAUCGCAUGGGCUGGAGUGGUAGUGACGACGAGUGCCCGCCUACUGUUGUCCUGGGUGUUAAUCCUAGAAGCUCCAGAAACUGGAACCCCCCUAGAGACCUGAUUCUAGGAAUACUGGAGACCUUCAAGCUCGACUGUGUGGCGGUACAUAUUCGCGAAGACUCACAUGUAUUUGCAGAUGAAUACCAGCGUACUGUUGCAGUAGUGAGUGCUAGUGACUGCGAAGAUGGUAUUGGUCUUGGAUCGACUGUGGGCCCUCAUGGCUCGAGGUAUCCCCAUGGAACAAUGGGGGGUUGGUUCGAGUUACAGGAUUCUAUCACUGGAUAUUGGGUAUCCUUGGCUCUCACAUGCUCACAUUGCAUCUUCCCUCAUGAAGAGACUCUGUCUGACAGCCAGCUCGAAGAUGUUGAAUCCUGGAAGCGUGGGGGAGUUUAUCUUCAAGAUGAGAGAGCCAGAAAGCCCCUUUAUAUCGACGCCCCAAUUCUAGGGGCUCUCCAAAACGGACUGGCUAAGCUAGAGUACCAAAUCGAGGAUCUCCAAGCCAACAAGACGUACCAGAACGUCAUAAGGGCCAAUGAGAACGACGAGUCUGUCCUCCCACGAAAGCUAAGCCUAUGGAACCGAAACAGAAAGGCCAUCAUGAAACACACCAAAGAGGUAAAGGCCAUGACGGAGUUCAUCCAAACAGGACAAUUCGUCUUUGGCCUCAUUUUUGCGGCGUCAGGAAGAAAGGAGGAGCCAGCUAGUGACUCACCCGCAAAUACAGCCCCCAUGCUUUCUAUUCGCGACUGGGCACUGAUAGAAUCCAUUAGAGGUCCUUUUGCCGGACCCAAUUAUAUUCCCAAAUGGCAAGUCCCCGAAUCCUCAAAGCUUGUUGGGUUUGAUUUCGGUGUCCCUAAGCCUGACGAGAGGCUGCACAAGUUUGGUAGUGCUACCGGUGUCACAGAAGGUGUAUACAAUGGCCUAAAGACAGCUAUUUUCACCACCCGGAUCGUUGACGGAGAAAAAGUCACCGUGCAAACGUGGGAGCAUACCAUUCUUUCGGCUUUGAGUGAUGUCCCCGUGGCUCAGCAAGGGGACCAUGGGUCACUUCUUCUGAACAAGAGGAAGGAAGUUGUUGGAAUGAUCUUCGGUGGGGCAUCUGGAGGGGAGAUAGCCUACUUCACUCAUAUUUCUGAUAUCAUCAGUGAUAUCAAGAAUAUGACUGGCGCCAGCGAGGUUCGUCUUCGAACCUAA